AUGGCCGAAGAUGUUGAAAAACUUCUAUGCAGCGAAAGAGUGAGCCAAAUGAGCAAAACUUAUAAUGAUAUAGAAGCGGUAACAAGGCUUCUGGAAGAGAAGGAAAAGGAUUUAGAACUAACUGCUAGGAUAGGAAAAGAACUUUUAACACACAAUAAUAAGUUGGAAAACAAUGUGGCUACUUUAGAAGCGGAAUUAAAAGCAGCCAAUGAUAAAAUUGAGCAAAUUUCUCACGAACUUGCUAAGAAAACCGAACUCAUACAGGUUCUCACAAAUGACACGGAUGAAUCUGGUUCGGAGGCGGGUACUCCCACCGCACUUAAAUGCAUCAACAUCGAGUUCAUGCAACGGCGGAUAAAAACGUUGGAGGAAGAAAAUAAAUCGUUACAGAGAGAAUUUGCACAAUUGGCAAAAGAAGCGGAAAAAGUCGAGGAACAAGAGCAGAAAUUGGUACAGGAUAUUUCUCUGCAAUUGGCCAAUGCGACGGUCGAAGUCGAAGGGAUUUCGGACGAUUUGGAAAAGCAAAAGGAAGAAAACAGGAGUCAACACGAACAAAUCGUCAGCCUUAAAUCAAAGUUGAAAGAUACGGAAGAAAAAUAUCAUAAAGUUUUAUUAGAAAGCGAAGAUUUAACAACCGUAUUGAACAUAACGAAAGAAAAUCAAAAUAAAUUAGCGGCCGAAUUGGUCGAAUUUAAGGACAGGUACGAGGAAGUGAUUAAUCUUUUACAAGACGCACAAGAACAAUUGAAAAAACAAAGGAAAAAAUCAAUGCCAUCCGUGAGAGGAGGUUUGUUCCCCACGCUAUCCUCUUUUGGAACUCAAUUACCCGGCAAUAAUUUAGCUUCCGAACUAGAAAGUUCUCUUUAUUCGGAGCUUAGCUUAGAUUCUGGUAUAAGCACAGAUAGAUUGCGACCCUAUAAAAAAGUUUUCGAAACGGUUAAAUACGCCCAACCGAAAAAUGUUGGUGGUGGUGGUGGUAGUAGUAGAUCGAGUCCGAUAGGAGGAGGAGGAGGAGGAGGUUUUCAAAAGAGUCCCAAUUUAUUAGAACCUUCAAUAGUCACAUCCUCGGCUUCUGCUCCGCGAAUGAGCGCUUUUGCAAGUUAUCCCAAUAAAGGGAUUGAUCCGAAUAGACGUAAUAUAGGAAGUUCUACAGUGUAUAGUUCAUUUAGUGUACAAAGUUUAGAUUCAGUUGGAAUAAACGAUACGGAUUCUGUUACGAGUGACGACAUUAUAUAUCCGAACGGUCCAAUUAUGGGAGUUCCAGGAGUUCCUGGUUCCACGGAAAUUGCAGAAGCUCUUAAACGUUUAACUCCAGCUGAAGUAACGGCUCGAAGAGCUGCUCUAGGUAAUAAUGCUCCCGUAUGUAGGGGUUAUGGCGAAUAUGACGCAACAAUAGUGCCUCUAGGUUGUAGAACUCCAGAUUCUAUUAUGUCUACGGGUAGCAGCGGUUAUAACGGACAUAGUUAUUGGAGGUUACCAAAUAAAUUACAAAUCGUAAAACCCAUGGAGGGAUCACAAACUUUGUAUCAUUGGUCACAAUUGGCCACUCCCACUUUAGGGGGUUUGCUAGAAGAAAGGCCGGGAGUACAGACGAAAGGAGGGAAAAGUUUAGACGAAAUGGGAUUUGAAAUUUACACGUUGUCCGAUUUGGAAGAAGAUGAAGAAUUUGUUAAUCCUGGAAAAAGUUUUCAGAAUUCAAAUAGUAUUUACACGUACACUAAUAGCACCGUCAUGCAUCCCGAUGAUAACACGAGUGUCACACAUAGUCUUGUGGGUAGUAAGGUUUGCACGGGAGCCACCAACAGCCGUCAGUCGACGGCUCCGCCCACUCCUAGAGUUUUAAGUCGUAGGAAUUCUUGUUCGACUUUUUCAACCACGUACGGUUUAGCUAAACUCCUUAACGAACGUGGAAUCGAAGCGGCAACAAUAUCCGCAUUUAACACACCUUCCUGCGAAAAAAGUUUCACUCCGACUGCUACGCCAGCCAACAGUCCGGACGGGUCUCCGAUUUCUUCCAGGUCUCCCUCGCCGACACCGUUUCAUCCUCUUAAAUUACCCGGAUUUCUAUCGAGUGGAGCCGAGCUUCUUAGGCGUACUUUCAUAAGCAAUACUUCGCCGAGGUCUCCACAACGUUCUCGUCGUAAUAAACUCGCACUUUCGCGAUCUGAUCGUAAGGCCUUGUCAGGCAUCAGAUUAGUCGAGAAGAUUGAAAGCCUGGGCCUGGAAACGUUAAUGGCGAACACGACGGGUUUAAUGCAGCCAACUUUGCAAGGUGGUUUGUACUCUCGUCGGAGCUUACCGAGUCCUAUGACUCAACUAACCAAUCUCAAGGGUACUUUGAUGUCUCCAUCGAUCGAUAAAAAUCUGGCGGAGCUGGGAAAGGCGGGAACGGGAACGGGAACGACAAAUCCGGGAGCCGGGAAUAAAAGCCGACGUCGUUUGGAUCUCGGCACCGUAUCAGGAGGAUCUUCGUCUGGAGAACAGCGGCAGCAACAACAGCAACAGCAGCAGCAGUCUUCCGGGCCUUUAGGCACAAUCAGUUCAAUGUUGUUUGGUAGAAAGGGGGGUUUGCUGUAG